AUGUUACCUGAAGGAGAAGCAAUUCCUGGAAAUGGAGGAAUUUCAUCUUCAAAUCCUGAUCCUCCUUCUCCUCCAAAGGCCGACAGUAAUAGUAAUCUUGAAACAGAGCUACUAUGUGAUGAAUCAUUCAGUGAAAUUAUCAAGGAGGAAGUAGAAGAAGAAGUUGUUAGCUCUGAUUCGUUGAAUGAACGGAAGAGAUUACGUACUGUUGAAGAAGAAGAAGAAGAUGCAACAGAGGCUGUCUCUGAUGCAAAUAAAGUACCUAGGAUUCAUGAAGAAGAAGAAGGGCAAAAGGAGAUUGAUGAACAGAAUGGAAAUCUAGAUUCAGAAAAAGAUGAGGGUGGAAAUCAAGAAAACAACAAUGGAGUAGAAGAUCAAAAUGAAGAAGACGAAAAUGAAGAAAAAAGAGAGGACGAAACAGAGGAAGUAGAAAAAGAGGAUGAAACAGAGGAAUUGCCCCAAUUUUCAACAGCUGAAGAAGAAGGCGAAAAGCACGAUCUCGAAGAACACAGAAAGAAUGUAGGAGGAGAAGAUAAUGUCAAUCGUAUAAACUCUGAACAAAAUGAAGGCAACGAGCCCGAGGAUGGAGAAAAUGGUGAAAAAGAAGAAGAGGAGAAAGAAACAGAGGAACAGAAACAAAAAGCUGCUGAAAAAGGAAAAAGACCAUUAUUCGAAGACUCAGAAGAAGAUGAAGAAGAGGAACAGAAACAAGAAGCUGCUAAGAAAUGGCCAAAAACAUCAUUGAUAAACACCGAGAGCCACAAAGGUUACGAUUAUCAUUGGGAUUUGGCUAUUUUAAGAGCCAUGUAUGAUUUCAAGUUCAUCAAUGCUCGAAUAUUUUCAGAAAGAAACACCAUGUCCGAAAUGCUACCAUCAGAAGAAAUGAUGAAUGAAAAGCAAGAAAAUCAAGAAUCUGAAAUUGAUGCAGUUGUAUCACCUAUCUCCUCUCCUCCAUAUGAAGAUUAUCAUCCAUCACACUUCAACAACGAUCUACAAAAUGAAGAAUCGACAAUCUCUGCAGACAAAACAGAGGACCAAGAAUCUGAACUGAAGUAUAUGUUUUUGAAAGUUGAAGAAAAAGGAAAGUGUCCCGUGUCUGAAACAUAUGAAUUGAAGCCCAUUAAUAAGCCUACAUUUUCCAAUCUUGAACAAGGAGGAACGUCCGAAAAUGAAUCAAUAAAAAAAGAUGAGUAUGAUUAUGAUCUUGAUUUAGCAAUCUUGAAGUCUCUCUAUCAUUACUUCUUCAAUCACGGGGUAAUUCCAUAUCCUUAUUCAGAGAAUUUUAUCGAUUACAUCGAGGCUUCAAUUUCCAACUAG